AUGGCUAUAAUCAAACGUUUCAUUGCUCUUGUCGCACUUUCCCUGUCUUUGGAUUUGGUUUCUGCUCAAGCAUGCUGGAAAAACACAACUUGCAGUGGACCUCUGGAAGCUGCCUUUCCGGGCCCUUGGGAUGCAAACAUCUAUGCGCCUUCGAGUCGCCAGGUAUCUCCAAAAUCCGUCUUAUCCGCAACAACCGGCGCUGUUCUGUCUAACUUCACGGGAUCGAUUGGACUUUCUGGAAAUGGUUCGAAAUAUACUCUUGACUUUGGUAAAGAGGUGGGCGGACUCGUGACCCUCAAAUACACUUCCUCGGGGCCCGGUGCAAUCGGGCUGGCAUUUACAGAAGCCAAAGAUUACAUUGGGGAAUGGUCCGACUCGUCCAAUGGAGGCUUCAAAGGACCAGAUGGCGCUAUCUAUGCAAAUUUCACAUCAGCUGGUACGGGAACAUAUACCAUGCCAGAUCUUUCGCUUCGUGGAGGUUUCAGAUACUUGACCUUGUUCUUACUUACCGACGGUACCACGAAUGUCAAUAUUAGCAGCAUCGUUCUUGAGAUUGGAUUUCAGCCAACAUGGUCAAAUUUACAAGCAUACCAAGGAUACUUUCACAGCAGUGAUGAAAUGCUAAACAAGAUUUGGUACUCUGGUGCAUACACGCUGCAAACAAAUGCGGUUCCUGUAAAUACUGGACGUCAAAUCCCUACUGUUAAAGUAGGAUGGGCAAACAAUGGUACCAUGGGGCCGGGUGAUACCAUCAUUGUAGAUGGAGCAAAGCGGGAUCGAGCUGUUUGGCCUGGUGACAUGGGUAUUGCCGUUCCAUCGACAUUUAUUAGUAUUGGAGACCUCGUCAGUGUCAAAAAUGCACUUCAGGUCAUGUACAACUACCAGAACAAUGUAACCGGCGCAUUUCCAGAGGCAGGACCACCCUUACUACAACUGGGCUCUGAUACAUAUCAUAUGUGGACUAUGAUUGGAACUUACAACUACGUUCUUUACACCAAUGAUACUUCGUUCCUCUUACAAAACUGGGCGAAGUAUCAAUUAGCGAUGAAUUAUGUUUAUGGAAAAGUCAGCGCUCCUGGUCUCCUUGAGGUCACAGGAAUUCGUGAUUGGGCCCGUUGGCAACAAGGUUUCAAUAACAGUGAAGCACAAAUGAUUCUCUAUCGAACCCUUCUUACUGGCGCUGAUCUGGCCAAAUGGGCUGGUGAUACUACCAAUUUGACGGCGACAUGGACCAGUCAGGCGGCUUCUCUCAAAACAGCCGUCAAUAAGUACUGCUUCGAUUCAUCUUAUGGAUCUUUCAAAGACAACGCAACAGCAACUACAUUACAUCCUCAAGACGCAAAUAGCAUGGCUCUUUUAUUCGGAGUUGUUUCUCCAACUUCCCCUACAGCCCAAACUAUUUCCACCAACCUUCUCAAGAAUUGGACCCCAAUCGGAGCUGUCGCGCCCGAACUUCCAGAAAACAUAUCCCCUUUCAUAUCGAGUUUCGAGAUCCAAGCCCACUUUACCAUCGGAGAAACGAGUCGUGCGCUCGAACUCAUCCGUCGAUGUUGGGGUUGGUAUCUCAACAACCCCAAUGGAACCGAAAGCACAGUCAUCGAAGGUUAUCUCCAAAAUGGUACCUUUGCAUAUCGAUCAAGCAGAGGUUAUAUGUACGAUACCUCAUACGUAUCUCACGCACAUGGCUGGUCUUCAGGUCCCACAUCUGCCCUUACAGAAUUUGUAUUGGGUCUUAGUGUUACUAGCCCUGUGGGCAAAACUUGGAAAUUAACACCACAAUUCGGAGACUUGACGAGUGCAGAAGGUGGAUUUAUGACUGCAUUAGGGAAAUUCCAAGCGGCUUGGAAACUUACAACGACGGGAUACACGUUGGAUUUUGCGGUGCCGGAAGGAACCACAGGGUCGUUGAUCUUGCCGGUAAGAAAGGCGGGGGUGGUGCCAAGUAUUGUUCUGAAUGGAAAAGAAAUCGAGUCAAGGGGCUUGAAGGUUGCAAAUGGGGGUGUGGCGUUGGAGACUAAUGGCGGGAAACAUAGUAUUGUUGUUCGUUGA